GACUCACCCACUUCACCUAUGAUCCAACCUGGAUCCGGCCAAAACUCCUUUACACGAUAUCUUCAGCCAGAAGACUGUGCAGAGAGCUUCCAGACUAGACGUUAUAGGUCAAAUGUCUUAUUUUCAGAGAAAAUAGAGGAUAUGUAUCAACAAAGCGCUGAUUUAUGCAUUAACAAGGAGCAGAUUUAAGCCUAAGAAGAGAAUCCAUCAGCUGGAUUAUAACCUAGAGUCAGCAUUGAGGAGUGCAAGUAAAAAUCAGGAGGAAGAGCUACCAAAAAGAGCAUAUUUGGAAGAGCAAAAAGUUACUAAUAAUGACAAAGGCUACCUCUUUACACCAAGAAUUACCACUGAAGAGAAAUUAAAUUGAAUUGCAGAGCCAGGACCAGUUAAUCCAAAGAACUCACAUAUCUCACAUAAUGCCAAUACUUUGGCAUCUACUAUGGAAAGAGUUUUACUGCAUGACCAUGACGAAGUCAUUUAUGCUGAUAAAAAUCACAGAGAUAUAAAAUUACACCAAACGCUCCAGCCCCUGUCUCAGCCUUUAAGAUUCACAGACAAGAAAGGAUGAGCUAAAUUCCCGGCUCAAGCUUUUGACACCUCCAAUCAGCCUCAAACCCUCUCCAAAAUUCAAAACAAGAGAUACCAGAUAAUCCUUGAUGACACCCUCGACCAAAUCCUCUCCCUUUCACCCUCAAAAUCCCCAAAAUCCUCAAUCCUGCACUCAACUCCCUCCGAAUCCUUUUCUAAUUACUCUUCUGAAGAAAUAGAGAUCCCUAUCGAGCAAGAGGAAGAGGAAGAAAAGGAAAUCUUCUUAGUUCAACAAGUUAAUUCGUCUGAAGAGAGUAACCACAUGAAAGACCGUGUAGAAGCUAGUCUUAGUGAAGCAGCACAGGUCCAAACUGUUGAAGCUCAAGCAGAAGGUGAAGCAAAGGAAGUUAAAAAGAAGCUCAAGAGUAUAGGACAGUACUAUCAACCAAAAAGACUGAAUCUCAAGCAAAAAUUUUCAAGAGGAUCAAGUGAGAAGGAAAAAGGCUUUAAUGGGAAAUUUGAAAGAGAAGAUACUCAAAAGAGUUCCCUUGUUGAUACAUUUAAACCUACCCAAAAUGAAAGCAUUUGAAAAAUAAAUACCUGAAUUAAAUCAAAUCUAAAAUAUGAGACACCUCCAAAAUUAAAAUUUUCAUCCCAAAAGAUAGAUAUCCAAAAAGCAAUACCUACCAACCUCAGCCCUCAAAAAUUACUCAAAAAUAUCUCUCCUCAAAAAGCGACACUUCCUUGCUCAGCCAAAGUCCAGCCUUACAGCCAGAAUUCCACUCAAAAAUCCAAAAAUCCUGCACAAAAGAUCGAGCAACAAGAUCAGCCUUGAAAUUAACAAGCCAUGCUUCUCUGAAGUGAAUGAAGAUCGGAGCGGGAAACAUUCAAGCAUUGCUAGUCCUAUUGCUCGCUUGAAUAACUGUCAAAGCCGGACUUACAUCGAAACAUUUAUUAGUGUGCAAGAAGGGCCGGCAGAGUUAUUCCCGAACCAGAACCCUAAAGUGCAUAACCAUCAAUUGUUCAACGGUAGCGGUAAGAAAGAACAAGCCCUCUCAAAAUAUAUUGACCCGUUAUUGUGCCACCAGCAAUUCAGAAACACUGGAUGAUGCACAGAUAGAAAUAACAGAAAAACAAAUUUUAAUCGUGAUAAAUACCCUUUAGAGGGUGGACAACCUAAGGAUUGUGACUUAACACCACGUAAAAGAGACGAGAGGUUGUACCGAUGUGUUGCUGAAGCACUGACUCCCAAUAGACAUCUUCUCCAAAGGAAACAGCUUAAUGUUUCUAAAUAAUACCUCUAAGCCUAAAGUCAUUAUUGGCGAUUUUCAAGAUUCAAGAUUUUUCGAAGGUACAACUGAGAGUUUCCAAAAAGCAAGAAGAGCAGGAAAGGUUAUGCAAAAACUUAUGGAAACGAACUCUAGUCAAGAAGAAGACUCACAUGAUGCAUAUGUGAAUUCUCCAUACAUCAGGGCGUCUAAUUUCAGAUCCCAAAAAUAAGACUUAGUUAUGCAAUUUUUCAACA